AUGCAAUUGAGAUGGGGAAUUGUUGGAACGGGCCGUAUAUGUCAAGAUUUUUGUCUUGCUUUAUUGACUUGCGAUCCCCAGGAACAUAGUAUUGUUGCUGUGGGCUCUCGAAGUAAAAGUCAAGCAGAAGAUUUUGGUCGCGAAUUUCAACUUGACCCUAAAGUGCAAAUCUAUGGCUCGCAAGACGAAGUUUUUCAAGAUGCCAACGUUGAUAUUGUUUAUAUCGGUACGGUUGAACAAGUUCAUCGAGAUUUAUGCAUUAAAGCAUUGAAUCAUCGAAAACAUGUUCUUUGUGAGAAACCAUUAGCAAUGAACACAAGUGAAAUUGAAGAAAUUAUUGCUGCCGCGAAGAAAACUAAGAGUUUUAUUAUGGAAGGCAUUUGGUCACGAUUUUUUCCUAUUUAUAAUUAUUUACGUGAUGCAGUUCAACGAAUUGGAAAAGUUACUUUUGUAGAAUGCACUUUCAGUGUUCGAAAUCUGAACUCCGUGGGAAUUUGGAGCACAUUAAUGGCGAUUGGUUGCUAUCCAAUUCAAGCUGCUUUGAUUGCAUUUAACCAUGAAGAGCCCGAAUCGAUUCGAGCCGUAGGUCAUACUAAAGAACAUGAAAAUCAAUUAAGCGAUCGGAUGGUUUCUAUUACAUUGUUAUACAAAGAUAAUCGAAUGGCUGUGUUAACAUGUCUUGGAGAAGAUAUUGAAUCAGUUAGUUCAUUAAAAAUCUAUGGAACUGAAGGUGUUGUAAGCAUUCCGAGCCAUUUCUGGAGUCCAACUCAAAUUAUUCUACCAAGUGGUCAAAUCAUUGAGGAUCCUUUGCCGGAAACAAUGAAAAAGACCAACUUUGAACAUUCAGCUGGUUUACGAUAUGAAGCAAUGGCAUGUCGAGAACAAAUUUUGAAUGAAAAUACUGAGCAUCCAUUGAUGACACUCGAAAAUUCGUUGCAAAUUGGCCGAAUUAUUGAAGAAUGUCGACGACAAAUUCUUGAGUCACACAAAUAA